UGAAAACUGGAACAAUCUCUAAGUAUAAUAAUAAUCAUGAAAACACAAUGACCAGUUGUGGUCAGGGAGGAACCUCCAUCACAUCAAGAGGUGGCCCAAACUGACUGGAACAUAUGGAGGCCAGUAUCAGCCUGACAGAUGGGCAAAAGCAAUAUAUCAGAGUAACCCUCAUGUUUAGUACCUCCCUCUCUGUUCUGCCCCUCACUCUACUUUUCUCCUCUACUCCCUUUCGCCAAUCUUCCAUUCCACCCUCCCUCUCCUUGUCUGUCCUCUUUCCUGGUGCUGUCCUCUCUGUUUUGUCUUUUGUCUGUCUACUUCUGAUUUUCUUCCCUUCGUUCUAUCUCUGUCCUCACCUUCAAACUUCAUCCACUACCUCCUUAUCUUUCUUACUUCCCAACCCUACUACUUUACACAUACUGCCCAAACCCACAAAUUUACCUGGAUGAACUGAUCUUAUCACCAUGGCUGACAGAAACCGCACAGUGAGGAGGAAAGAGAGGAAAGAGAAAGAACCAGAUCAAGCCACCAAGGAUGUAAAGAAAGACUUGAAGAAGGACGAAAAGGUUCCUGAUGAAGGAGCAAAGGCUGUGGAGAAUGGAGAAGUCCCCAGCGGCGAGGCAGCAGAAGCCAGUGGCAGUGUAGAAAACGGCGAGAAUAAGGAGCUUCAGCUUGAGCUGUUGGAGUUGCCUCCAUUUGAGAUCAUCACAGGGGACCGAAUCGAUCCUCUCCUCUUCAAGUUUCAGUUUAAGAAUGUGGAGUAUUCAUCUGGCCGCAACAAGACCUUCCUGUGUUAUCUGGUGGACCAGGGGAAUGCUGCCGAUGGGCUGCUGAGGGGCUACCUGGAGGACGAGCAUACAGGCGCGCAUGCUGAGGAGGCCUUCUUCACACAGAGCCUGCCCGACUAUGACCCCGCACGCAAAUACACAGUCACCUGGUAUGUGUCCUCCAGUCCCUGCUCAGCUUGUGCAACCAAAAUAGUUGAAUUCUUGAAAGUGAGGAAGAACCUCAAGCUGAGCAUCUUUGCUUCUCGGCUGUUCGAGUGGGAGGAGCCAGAAAUCCAGGCCGGCCUGAAGGCCUUGCACGCUGCCGGAUGUAAGCUGAGGGUGAUGAAGCCCCUAGAUUUCUCCUACAUCUGGGAUACAUUUGUAGAGAACGAGGACCAGCCUCUGAACCUCUGGGAAGACUGCAAAGAAAACUACGAGUAUUACCACGAGAAGCUGGCCGACAUUCUGCAGUGACUACAGUGAGUGAUGGAAUCCAGUUGGCCCCGAGUGUCCGUCCUCUGAUUGACACCAUGACUACAUCUAUAGUAUAGUGUUAUGUACUGUAUAUGAAUCAAUAAUCGUAGAGUUUGUGUGUGUGUGUGUGUGUGUGAGUGUGUGUGCAUGUGUGAGAGAGAGGCUGUGUGUGAAUCUGUGUGUGCUGCUUUUUGUGCAGUGUGUAUAUGAAUGCAUGAGAUCACACUCACUCUACAUACAAAGUUGAAGGAAGACAUCUGCCCUCCACUCUGGCUUCAUCCUGGUUUGAGUCCUGCACGUCUUUGGUUUCUCUCAAUUUUUGCUCUUCUCAAAGUUUAUUUUCCAUUUACAUUAAAAUGUAUUAGUAUUCAUAGAGUUCUCUGGAUCUCUCUCAACAUGUACAUGUUCUAAUGCUGAUUGCCCAAAUAUACUCCAUACAAAAAUUGUUAUAGUGUAAAUCUAAGCAACAACUAAACAGUAAUGCAAGCCUUUAGCUGAAAGGCCAUUGAGGUGGACUUCCCCUCAGCUAACAUUUUUAAAAAUAAAAACAUAAAUCCACUUAAACUGUUAAAUUAACAAAGUUUGAGUUUGAUGAUGUGCAGCAGUAUUUUUACUGCCCAUAAUGAGAUUAAAAAUACUUUAUGCUAAGUAAUGUUAAACCUUCUUUAAGUUGAAUAAGGCAGUAAUUUUUAAGAGUGUUAGCUGGGGGGAAGUCCACCUUAAUGGCAGGAGGAUAACCAUUAGCAUUUGGAGCAGUCAGUAUCCAGCACUUAGUAACAAUGAGAGGAAGAUAGCACCAUUACUUUCCCACAUAACAGCUGGGGGGAAGUAAAAUAAUAUGAUUUUUUCCCCCAAAAUGGAUGGACUAUCCCUUUAAUGCAGAUGCAGAAUUCCCUUCAUAUUACACACAUUGUGUUUUUUUGUCAUUGUCAUUGUAUUUUACAACUCAAUAAUCAGAAAAAUUUUCCGUUUUGGAAACUGAAUGAUGAUUUAGUUGAAUAAGUCAAUGGCUUGUUAGUGAGUAAAAUAAACAGUAUAGAAAAGAAAUAGAACUAGUAAUAUGUUUUGAUCAAUGAUUGGCUACUUUUCUCAGCUGUGACUUUGUGCAAUAACAUUCAGUGACACUAUCUUUAGUAACACACAAGUUGCUAAUUAUCUAGUCAGCCUCUAGUAUGAAUGUGUUGCCUUAAAUUAGGAGAAUAUUUACACAUAGCUGAUGCAACUCAGUCCUGAACUCUCUGUCUGUUAUACCGUACAGUAUUUUCAUAAACUUCAAGAAUGCUGUCCAUGUGAUUCAUAUUAAAUCACAUUGUUUUUUGUUUUGUUGCAUUUACUUUAACUGAACAAUUAAAACUUUUUUUUUUUUACUACAGAAUUGAAAUAAAGCUCUAUCUGCACAUUAUUUGACUAAAUCAUGUUAAUAUGAUAUUUUUUAACAGAGUUUAUAAGAGAUGUAUGAUUGCAUUAUUAGAAAUUGCACUUUUAAAAAAAAUUUAAACGUAGCAGAUACGCACGAUU